GUAAAGUUAUAUGAGUAAAGCAAAAACACGUUUUAUUUGCGCUGUUUUUACUCGAAAAAAUGAAUCGAAAAGAUGAUUAUGAUUCAUAUGAGAUUGAAGAGCCAAGUGACGAGGAAGGAGCCCUAAGCAGUUCUGAGGAUGAGCUGGAUAUUCUCCUCAACGGGACUCCGGAUCAGAAGAAGAAGCUGAUCAGAGAGUAUCUGACGGGGGAGAGCGAGUCCUCCAGUGGAGAUGACUUUGAGAAGGAGAUGGAGGCAGAGCUCAGCAGCACCAUGAAGAGCCUGGAGGGCAGCUGGACAGCAUCUGCAACUCAAGUUGCAGGUCAAACAUCUGGGACCAGUGACAACACUUCCACAGCAAACAAACAACCGAUCCAGGAGUAUGACAGCAUUUACUUUGACUCAGACUCGGAUGAUGAUGAGACAGCUGGCAGCUCUCAGGGUCGGAGGAGGAAGCAGCGCUCUGUGCAAACAAAUGAUGAGCUGUUAUACGACCCAGAUGAGGAUGAUCGGGACCAGGCUUGGGUGGAUGCAAAAAGAAAAUCAUACAGAUAUCAGAGACGGUUACCUCCGUCAGCAAACAGAAAAAACAAAGCCCAGGCUCUUCCAAGCAGUGACGCCGUCCUCAACUGUCCCGCCUGUAUGACCACCCUGUGUCUGGACUGUCAGAGGCAUGAGAAAUAUCGGACACAGUACAGAGCAAUGUUUGUGAUGAACUGCACUGUGGACAAAGAGGAAGUCCUGCGCUAUAAAACCACCAAUAAUAGAAAGCAGAAGCGGAACAGGAAGAAAGCUCGCCAGGAGUCCACGUCCGCACCAGCAGAGGCUGAAAUGGAGUGCGACUCUGGUCUGACUGAUGCACGUUUGGCAGGAAUGGAUGAAGAAGAGAUGUAUCACCCGGUCAAGUGCACAGAAUGCUCCACUGAAGUGGCUGUGUAUGAUAAAGAUGAGGUGUACCAUUUCUUUAACAUCCUAGCAAGUUACUGCUAAGGACAUUUACUGGACUGGAUAUCCCAAACCACAGGCUUUGCUUGGUUUGAUGUAGUGUAUCACCUGGCAACUUCACUGCAAAGUGAUCUAAAAAUCUAAAAGUUUUUGUGCGGGUAAAGAAUGUGGUUAGACGUGGUUUUAUUUAUAGGGUUUUUAUUUGAUUUAUAUGCUGUAAAAUGUUAACACUUCAUGUAAAUUGCAUUUCAUAUUUCCAUAAAAGUUGUUCUAUUCCUCCCUUUU